GCACAAAAGUUACAUGUAUGUGACGUGCUUUGAAUGUAAAUUUGGUGGCCGAGGGCUUUUGAAUACAAGUAAAAGGGCGACGUGCAUGGAGGGAGGAGGAAGCCAAGAAGGAAGGACGCAACAGCAGUCGAGUGUGGAUACUUCACGGUCACCUGCAUGUGGAACAGACACCUGUUUAGCCGCUCUUGUUCGCCACAGAUAUCACGUUUCAAAUCGUUGCUCAGAGCAACAAAGAAGCGAAGCCCAACGCUCCCGUUCUGCUCACUUCCAGUUGGACUGCACUGAACGAGAGACUUAAAACAAAACAAAACAAAACAAAACAAAAAAAAAGAAUUAACGAGCGACAUCAACGUCACGGAGGCCGCCGGUAAUCAAGCUCACAGAUUGAGGAUGCCUCGGGUUGAUUGAACGACAGCUAUGGGGUCAAGAAGAUCUUACUUGCAGACUCUGUUAGUGGGGCCUCUUCUUUGCCUCUUUUGGACUAUUGAUGGGAGAAUGCCAGAGGUGGGUGGAAAGGUCGGCGGUGUAGCAGAGUUGACUUGCAGUGCUCAUCCGUCUGACUCAGUUGAAAUGUCAUCUGGGUCACCACGCAUGGUUGAAUGGGUGCGACAAGGGCUCGACAUCCCUGUUCUGAUCAAAUUUGGAUCGUAUGCACCUCAUGUCCAUCCACAAUAUGAGGGGAGGGUGUCUCUGGUGGACGACACCACUUUGAAACUGGGAAGCCUGCAGCUGGAUGACCAGGGGUCGUAUGAGUGCCGGAUCCUUUCAUUAGAUAAACCUAGAGGCGAGCUUCGAAAUGGCACCUGGAUUAUGCUUUCUGUGAUUGCGCCCCCUACCUUCACAAAAACCCCAUCUCCUGUCCUGGAGGUUGUGGUUGGAGCUCACCUCUCUCUUGUCUGUGCUGCCAUUGGGAAUCCUCUUCCAACCAUCACCUGGCUGAAGGAUGGUAGUGUGAUUCAAAUAGGGAAUAAUCAGGAGGAAGCGUUAUCUCUGUCGGCAGUGAGCGUGCAGUCAGCAGGACAGUAUACCUGUCACGCUUCCAACUCUGAAGGAAAUGCGACUCUCGAGACAAAAGUAAAGAUAAAAGGUCCACCUGUCAUCAUUGUGCCUCCCAAAAGCAUCUCUCUCAAUGUAUCCCAGAAUGCACUUCUUCGCUGCCAAGCUGUGGCUGACCCCUCAAACAUGACAUAUGUGUGGCUGAAAGGAGGAGAAAAUGUCUACCACGUGGAGUCACUAAAGUCACGUGUGAAGAUCAUGGUUGAUGGAACUCUCCUCAUUUCAAGUCUCCUCCCAGAGGAUUCUGGGAACUACACCUGCGCACCAACUAAUGGCCUGCUGACACCGCCCACUGCUUCUGCCAUCCUCACAGUGAUGCAUCCUGCCCAGGCUCUUCCAAUGGCUCAGGAAACGUAUCUUCCUACAGGCAUGGGUGGCAUGGUUAACUGCUCCUCAGUGGCUCAGCCUCCUCUGCUCCGUGUGGAUUGGACUAAGAAUGGAGAACCACUUGACCUGUCCUUGUAUCCAGGGUGGACUUUAAACCCUGAGGGCCAUUUGCUGAUGGCCACGGUCAACGAUGAUGUGGAGGGGGAGUACACCUGCACCCCAUUCAACAGUUAUGGCACUAUGGGACAAUCUGGACCAACCAAGGUUAUUUUGCAGGACCCCCCAUCGUUCAGCGUCCCUCCAGAGAAGCAAUACAAACAGAAGGUUGGUAGAACCUUGCUCAUCCCGUGUCAAGGCAAUCACGACUCCGCAGUUCAAAUCAGCUGGACCAAGGUUGAUCUGGUUCGUCGUAUAUCAUAUUCUGUCACCCCCAAUGGGUCGCUGUUGCUGCGGCCCCUCGCAAAGGACCACCAUGGGAUGUGGGAAUGCAGUAUUUCUAAUCGUGUAGCCCUCGUAAAAGCCUUCACUCAAAUCUUUGUCCUGGGAACCAGCCCCCAUGUAGCUACAUCCCUGUCCAUCUCUCCAGGAGUGGAGCAGGCCAAUAUAUCCUGGGAGGCAGGCUUUGAUGGAGGUUCAGCUCAGACAUUUUCAGUCUGGGUAAAAAAGAUUUCAGUGCGUGAUAAUGAAGGGAAGCAGGACUGGUUCUCCGUGCCUGUGCCCUCGAUCUCCGGCACCACCUUUUUAGUGACAGGGCUGUCUCCUGCUACCGAGUAUCAGUUCAGUCUCCUUUCUCAUAACAAAGUUGGUACAGGACCGUUUAGCGAAAUUACCACAGCGAGGACCUUAGAUUCUACACCAGGCAGAGAUCAGCCAAAGACCCCUGCCUCGCUGUCAGCUCAUUUGGGUUCUGCAGGUGUUGUUCUGAGGUGGUCCCUUCCAGAAGCCCGGCCCCUCACUAUCACAGGAUUUGUUCUUCAAUCCCGUGUCAAGCAAGGGGAAUGGAUCAAUUUGGAUGAUGAUAUUAGUGCCAACACAAGUGAGAUCAUCAUUCCAGGUCUGCAAAAGGACUGCGUAUAUGAGCUGAGGCUGCUAACUCGACACGGUGAGCUGCUGAGCGAGCCCAGUCCAUCACUCAAUGUCUCCACCAUGGGAAUGGAAAUGCGACCUUCUUCAUCCAGACAACUAGAAUCUCCUGAAUCGUUAUUGGCACGGAUUCUUGGUGGAGUCGUUUGUAUGUGUUUGGCGCUGGUCUUACUGUUGGGUUCUGCCUGCCUUAUCAGUCACAGGAAGAAGCUACAAAGCCAAAAGAAGCAGAAUGAACCCCCUCCUGCCAUCUAUAAGUGCUCCCCAUCAUCAAAGAUUUCAGUCUGCGGGAAUACAGACAGUGUGUUAAAGAAAAGACUACUUCCAGCCAGUGCCCUCUAUCCUAGCAUUUCUUCUUCCAUCGCCUCCUCGAAGACAGUUUGCUCUCCCUUUAACAUUGAGAAUCGACAUCAUAAGCAGCAGCUCCCCUCUGACAACAAAAGUAGCCUAAAUCAAUUCCAGUGUCUAAAAUCAUACCCUGUUUCUCCUUCUGCGGAAUUGAUUAACAGAGGCCCAGACAGGGACUUUGUAAUACCGCCACAUGACACAUCAAAUCUUCAAAGCAAGCAAAGUACAAAAUAUAAUCAUCCUUUUACAGUCCAAAAGUCUCCGUCAUCAUGCUCAGAGCAUCAAGACAGUAAACAUCCACCAUUUGUUCUUUCUGUAGAUCUUCCACCCUGCAAACCAUGUGAAUCAGAUACAUUAAGGCAAAGCUCUGACAUCAUCCAAUAUCUUGAGGACGAUAUCGUCCAUCAUAAGAGAAAUUAUGAUAGCUUUCCUGACUUGAACACGAUGUGUGCUAACAGUUUAUCCAGUAUUUCUCAUCUCAAUAGAGCAAUAUCGCCCACAUUUCCAGUGCUGCCACAUAUACGGUCAGGCCUUGGCCAACCUUCAACAACAGCUAGCACUCUGGUUCUCCAAAUGGAACAUGAACGAGAGAAGGGAAACCUGAGUUACUGCCUGAAAUUGGCUAAAGAGAGGGAAGAGCUGGCAAGGGAACUCCAGAAAUAUGGAGUUUAUAGAAGCUCUAAAGAAGAAAUAAGAAGAGAGCAGCCAGAAUUUGAGAAAAGAGAGAAUGGUGGUUAUAAACUUAAUCAGGGAUAUAAGAGCCGUACCCUGCCAUGCAGACACCAACAGGUCACCUACAGGGAAAGCUUCGGUCUGUCGCCUAGUCCUUGCUUGUCAUCUUCUGUCUACUGGAAUGAUUUUCCCACAAUGAUCACAGACAGCACCUGUUUCAGUCCUUCGACUCCUCCAAAUUCCUUUUUUAUAAAUACUGGUAACAAACAUCCUACUCUGUCUUUCACCGGAGAGAUCCCCCUCAGAUCCGAGGGAGCAGGCCAUUCUUCCAAUGACAGAUUAACUCCCCCACAUCACUCCCCUACAAUGAGACAUGAAAGGGUACAGGAAACACCACAGGGCUAUGAUGAUGUACUGCCAUCCACAAUCUUCGAAAUGCAAGAAAAUGUAUCUUAUUCUGAUGCACCAAGACAAAGCAAUCCAUCUUUUCAUUGCCAAAUACAUGGCGAAAGAUCCAAUUCGACUCUUGAUGCAGAGCCAAGCUGCAAAGAUGUAGAGGAAGAGGUCCCAAUACUCAAAAAGCAAAAUGUGGCGAUUGAGAUGAGUGUGGAUGAGCCAUUAUUUAAAAUGUGUGUCACACAGCUUCCAAAAAAGCCCAUGCUGCACCACAGAAUUGCCUCUCAUGUACGAGAAGAAUGCUCUCGCAAAGGCCGUUAUGAAGAAGUGAGGAGGAGCACAAGCUUUCGCUACCAACAGAAAGCUUCAGAACCGGCACUGCGAAGAGCUGUGAGCCAAGGUUCAAAACCAUGGGACUGCAAGCAACACAGUCAGAGCUUUGAAACAAGACAAAAAGACACAAACUUCCUGACCCCUGAUGCAUGGAUAGACUCCUUGAACCAAGAGAAACACUCCGAUUCAUUCACCUGUCAUCCAGACUCUUUGCGUGCAGAUAACCAAAGUUCAACCACCAGGAAUAGCUCCAAACAUUCUGCAAAUGUUUCUUCUGCUAGCCAAAUUACCGACCAUUUACCUCCUGUUAUGUACCGUUCCAGAAGCAAUCCACCGAGGCCUGUACACAAUUCUGUUAUUGACAACCACAAAUUAAGAAGGGAUACUUCUGCCGUUCCCAAUGCUACCAAACGGCCAGAUGAAUACGAGGAGGUCAUUAAAAUGCCGAUGGAUUAUUUGGGUUCUACUAGGGAGUCAUCCAGAAGCUUAGUACCUGAUGACAGCACUCCACAAAUUAACUUAGACGCACUGGACUUGGAAGCAGAAGUCUACGACGGCGUACCUGAUUGUGGAAGCAGCUACAGUAGUUUUGCAAGCAGUGGCCGAGGAAGCAUGGAGCCCGCAAAUGGAGGCUUGUCUCGGUGUCUUUUGUCAACGAACAACACCUCCUCCCCUGCUACUAUACAAGAGGACGACCAAGUCAGCACAGUGGAUAUGUACAGUCACCAAAUUGAAAAAGGCCAAAGAAAGCCCUCUGUUGAUGAGAACUAUGAGUGGGAUGAGGCUGAGAUCUAUUCACAGUCAAGAGACCAAGAUGGCCUUCUUCCUUCAUUGAACCGAGAGAAUGCUGCACCACUUUGUGGCUCUCCCAGCAUGAAGUUUUCAACUAAGGCACUGCCAAACUUCAGUCAGAGCUCCUUCCUCCGGCGCCAUCAAAGCAGCUGCUAUGCAUUGCCUGAACCUGAAACAGUGCUUUUUUAAAAACGCCACCGCAUGUCUUCGUCGGUGGUGCCAUUCAAUUAGUCGCAGCACCAGGCGACAAAUGCAUGAACUUUUUACUUGAUUCAUCUGCUGUUUUUGUUUGUGAAUGAGUACUACUUGUUUUGCUGUCUGACGCUCGGACAAUCUAUAAAUAUCGAAACAUUUUACCAUGCUGGCUGAUCCAUCAUGUCCUUUGUUUACUUUGACAUAAACAGUGACGAGUUGUCAGUCAUAAAGAUAUCAAUCAUUAUCUUGUGUUUCUUGCUGGGCUGUAAGUGGUUCUUUAAGGCUGAACACACGCUCCAUAGUUUAAGUGACACAACAGUUCAGUUUCUUCUUCCUAGACGGCAGAAUGGAGAAUUGGAUAUCCUCAGAAAAUAUUCAGGUCUCUUCCACGAAAUCAGAUGUCUGACAAUUUGACUGCACCAUAAACAUUGUGAUCCGAUAUACUGCAACAAUAUAUUGACAUAAACGUGAUCCCUCAGACCAGCUUUGUAAUUCUAGCAUUGAGAUUUCCAACCACAUUACCCACAGGUUUGAGAAAGGUUUAAUACAUAAUUUUGGGAAUGUACUGUCAACUUUUUCUAUUUUGCUCUUAAACUACUGUGAAUUAUCAAAAUCGAUUAACGUUGCUUUCAAUAUUGUUACCGUCUCCUUCUUCUUUUCCUUUCGGCUUGUCCCGUGAGGGGUCGCCACAGCCUGUCAUCUUAUUGCAUCUAAGCCUAUCUCGUGCACCCUCCUCUCUAACACCCACUGUCCUCAUGUCCUCCCUCACAACAUCCAUCAACCUUUUCUUUGGUCUUCCUCUCGCUCUUUUGCCUGGCAGCUCCAUCCUCAGCACCCUUCUACCAACAUACUCACUCUAUCGCCUCUGAACAUGUCCAAACCAUCAAAGUCUGCUCUCUCGAACCUUGUCUCCAAAACAUUCAACUUUGGCUGUCCCUCUAAUGAGCUCAUUCCUUAACGUAUCCAACCUGUUCACUGCAAGCAAGAACCUCAGCAAUCUUCAUUUCUGCUACCUCCAGUUCUUCUUCCUGUUGUUUCUUCAGUGCCACCGUCUCUAAUCCGUACAUCAUGGCCGGCCUCACCACUGUUUUAUAAACUUUGCUCUUCAUCCUGGCGAAUUCUCUUCUGUCAUAUGGAACACCAGACACCUUCCGCCAACUGUUCCACCCCGCUUGAACCCGUUUCUUCACUUCCUUACCACACUCUCCAUUGCUCUGUAAUGUUGACUCCAAGUAUUUGAAGUCAUCCACUCUUGCUAUCUCUUCUCCCUGGAGCUCCUCCUCCUCCACCCCUCACAUUCAUGCACAUAUAUUCUGUUAUAGUUCAGAUAAUCUUCAUUCCCCUCCUUUCCAGUACGUGCCUCCAUUUUUCUAAUUGUUCCUCCACCUGCUCCCUGCUUUCACUGCAGAUCACAAUAUCAUCUGUGAACAUCAUAGUCCAAGGGGAUUCCAGUCUAACCUCAUCUGUCAGCCUAUCCAUUACUACCGCGAACAGGAAGGGGCUCAGCGUGGAUCCCUGAUGCAGUCCCACCUCCAUCUUAAAUUCUGACCCCUUACAGUAAGCCUCGUAAUACCACUGACAUGCUAACUGGAUUUUUUUUUUUAUGGCGUCUUGGCUUUAUUUGUGUGAACAUCUUCCAUGGUGAAACAACCAUGUUUGAAGUCCUAUUUUCAAAAGGUUAUUCAGAAACUGUUGCAAAUCAUUUAAACCCAGAAUUUUAUUUUGG